ACAUGCCCUCGUUUACUUGGUAUAUGUAGUAUAAAAUAAUUAAAAAUAUACUAAUUCCACUUCUGACUUCUCUCUACUUAAAAUAUUGCAUAUAGAUGCUGCAUCUACAAUAGAUGCUUAAUAGCUUCUGCUGUGGUGUCAUAUCACUAGAAUAAUUUAUUAAGUACGCGACAUAAGAAAUAUAUUUCUCUACGUGGGUGACAGACUUUUACUAUCUGCCCUUAACGUUGGCCACCAAGGAAGUAUGAGUUAAGGUUAACUUAUCGACUCAUAAAUCACCAACCUACAAGACCGAAUAUAUUAAGCACCAACCAUUAAACACGAAUAGGAAUGCUGCUUCUCCAAUACUCACAUAUGGACCACACUUCAAAUACAAAGCAUGCAUUAGGCUUCAAAAUACUCUUCAGAAGUUCAGUAGCUACCCUGCGAAUUUCAUUGGGCGGAAUUUUGUCACGUGAUGCUAUUCCUUCCUAGGUGGGCCGCGGCAAGAGCCUUCGCUUCACAGGGAAUCGACCGAUGCUUCAUAUUCUCUCGUUCACCAUGCAUCGCUGUUUUGUUUUUUAAAGGUGACCACUGCACUCCAAGACAUAUACGGAUCUACAACAGUUGAUUACUUUACGUCUUGAAGAUAUAUUGAUAGUUGCCAACGUCGAAGUGGGUUUCUGGCUAGUCUAUUGUAACCUAUGGCGUCGCCUUCACGUCCCCGCUCACAAGGGUUGAAUCGCGACACUCCUAGCUUGGAACUUGGUUCACAGCAGGAGGGGGAGAAUAUUGCCCAGGGUACCAGCCACGAUGAACACCCCGUUGAGAAUGAAACCGAAGCUCCCGUGGUGCCGGUUUGCCACGGCGCACGAAUAGUCGAUUCUGAUGACAGUGACGAUGUUGCGCCUAUCAUGCCACACCCCGAAUCAAUGACACAUGAACUUUCUCCCAGAGAGUUGGAAGCAAUUUGCUUAAACGACGAACUCUCUACGUCGAAUAUAUUUCCGCGCGAAAGCGAUCUUCGGAAAUGUUGGAUUUGCUAUACCGACGAAUCAGAGGAUUCGCCCCUCAAUAAAGAAUGGCGGUCUCCGUGUCCAUGUGCAUUAAGCGCGCAUGAGGCAUGUUUACUAGAUUGGCUCGCGGAUAUGGAAAAUACGGAAGGCCCCAACAGGAACCAGGACGGGGCCAUGCUGCUUUGCCCUCAAUGCAAAUCGGAGAUUCAUAUGUCACGGCCGAAUAACCUGAUUCUUGAUCUCGCACACAAGUGUGAGGGAAUACUUAACCGUCUGGUACUUCCCGGAGUAGCAUUUACUUUUGUAGGGACUGUUUGGGCUGGAUGCUGUGCCCAUGGUGUAUACUCGAUGUACCUUAUUUUCGGCAGAGAGACUACAAUACGGUUGCUCGAAGAAGCUGCGCAGGGACCUUUGGGUAUUCGCCUAAAUCUUGGCCUUCCGUUGAUACCAAUAUCAUUGAUGUUCUCGAGGACUCAAUAUUCUGACAGCCUGCUACCUGUGAUUCCUGUUUUGUUUUUCGCUGCACACCAUCCAUACCACCAGGAAAUGGACCUUCAGCUAUGGCCGCCGAGCGCAUCCAUGACAUUUGCGGCGUUGCCAUACAUUAAAAGUGUCUACAACUUACUUUACAGAAAAUUACUUGGCGACUUAGAAAAUGAAUGGAUCUCGACAGUACGUACUCGACUAAACGCAGAUGAGGAGGUACGCGGGCCAAGACGCCGUCGUGAUUUCCAAGAUGAGCCAGACAACGCCGAGGUAGUCAUGGAGAUCGAGCUACAAAUGGGCGCUGGCGCUGGUAAUGAUGGACAGCGACCUGCCGGAGGGGGGCAUGAUAUCGAAAAUGGCGUUCAAGCUCAUCAAAUCAUGGCACACCGUCAAGGUAAUAUGUUCCGCGAAACCACUAAUCUGGCGGAUAUCAUACUUGGCGCCUUGGUUUUCCCAGCUAUCUCUGCUGGUAUGGGAGGGCUAUUGAAGUUGGCCCUCCCGAGAACAUGGACAACCCCUUCUCUGUACGAGAGAGGUAGGCCAUGGUUACUCCAAACGAGAUGGGGAAGAAGCGUUAUCGGUGGCUGCGCAUUCAUUCUUCUCAAGGAUGCCUUCUUACUUUACUGCAGAUACAAGCGUGCCUGCUUACAUACCCAAAGAGUAAUAUUGAAUUAUGACAAGAAGACAAAACAGCCAGUUUUCCCACGAUAG